UCGAUGCCAAACCGCUCAACGCUUCAGUCGAGUUUGAAACUUACACUCAAGCGGAGUUGUAAAUAGUUGUUCGAGUUGUUGGCUCGUACUCAAACUGUAGAAAAAUGUAAAAAGUCGACUAAAAACAUAUAUCUAUAUAUAUACAUAUAAAUAUUUGUUUGCCUGCAGAAAUUCUUUUAAAUUUUUAAGUUCCAACAAAACGACAAAAAAAAACCAACAAAAAACAACAAAACGACAAAAAACGAAUACGAAAGUUAAGGCUUGCUAAAAUACACAUAAACCAACCGUAGAAAGCAACGUAGUAAACGAAACGAAAAUAUAGAAAAGUAGGGAAUAGAGAGAGAGAGAGAGAGAGAGAGUGGAGAAGAGGAAAAGAGCUAAUUCCUGGUGCGUAUAACUCCAUUAGAGGAACAAUUAGCAUAGUCAAGGACGACGCAACGAGAAGUGCCAACGAUAAUUCAAUCAAGGACCCAGAAGAAGUUGCUUGAAAAUCAUCCUGCUCCAGUCCUGCGGCCUGGUGCUGCCUCCUGCCUGAAAGCGGACUAAAAACGAACUGGGGAAACUGUGGAAAACUCCAUCGAAACACUCGGAUAAAGUGGAAAACGUGUGCGUGCGCGUGUGAAAAAGUUUUCUCUGGUAUCCUGGUAUCUGGGCGAGAGUGUUUUAAUUCGAACACUUGGCAAGUUUUCCCUCCCUCUCCAACCAUCGUCCGUCCAUUCGGAAAAUGGACCGUCACCGACAUCGCCAUCGCCUCAGCAUGUGGCCCACGUUCGCCGUCUGUCUGCUGCUCCUGCAGGCGACCACAACCACGAUGGCCAUCGAUCUGAGUCGCCUCUACGGCCACAUGGCCAAUCCGGUGCAGAAGCGUAGCGAUCCCUGUCAUCCAUACGAACCAUUCAAGUGCCCCGGCGAUGGUAAUUGCAUUUCCAUUCAAUAUUUAUGCGAUGGUGCACCCGAUUGCUCUGACGGAUACGAUGAGGAUAUGCGUCUUUGUACGGCGGCCAAACGACCACCGGUGGAGGAGACGGCAUCCUUCCUUCAGAGCCUGAUUGCAUCGCAUGGACCCAACUAUUUGGAGAAGCUUUUUGGCAGCAAGGCCCGAGAUGCCCUUUCCCCUCUGGGCGGCGUGGACAAGGUGGCCAUCGCUUUGAGUGAAUCGCAAACGAUUGAGGACUUUGGUGCCGCCCUUCGACUAAUGAGAUCCGAUUUGGAACACUUGCGCUCCGUAUUCAUGGCUGUGGAGAACGGGGAUCUGGGUAUGCUGAAAUCGCUGGGCAUCAAGGACUCGGAACUGGGGGAUGUGAAAUUCUUCUUGGAGAAGCUGGUGAAUACCGGCUUCCUUGACUGAGUAGCGCCAGAUCCGGCUUCUGGAUUUUAUUAUGCCCAUGCACAGCCCAUCAGUCCUAAUUUCUAUUCGUAUUUGGGUACGCCCUAUGAUAAUUACAAUUAUUAAAUGCGAAUGCACUCACCGAAACACCCAACAACCACUCACCACAACACUCAUUUUCAUUCCCAUGCCAUUAGAUAUUUUCUCAAACUAUCUAUCUGCUUUCUGAUUACUCUCUUCUCUCUUAAAUCUCAAUUUUCCUUUCCUUUGCUAUAAUUUUUUUAAUUUUCCAAAACUAUUUUAUAUUAAAACAACAAAAAAACCAAAAAUCAAACAAAACCAAAAACUAAAAAAAAAAUUGCAAAAAAGCCACCCAAAAAAAAUUAUAAAAAAAAAAGAAAUUUAAAGAUGUUAAAAAUAGAAGAACAAAUUCGGCUGCUUUCUCUUAAAAUUUCAGCGCUUUUUCCUACACUUUCUCCUCGACUUUCUCUCUCUGAAUAUUUGUUGCAUUUUCCAUUGACGAUCUAUACAUUUAUUUUUGAGAAAAUCAGUGCGCAAAUUUCAGUAAAAGAAAAACAAAACAACAAAAAUCCUUCAUGAGAACUAAAUACCAAAAAAGAAUAAAAUAUGGAAGCAGGAUCGUUUGGCAAAAAAAGGAAAAACUUAAAGUAAAAACUAUGAAAAAAAACUACAAAAAAAAAUACAAAGAAAACAAAAAAUACCUUUCUGAAACAUAUAUACCAUAUAUAUUGAAUAUAUUGAUUUUUAUUGAUGUAUAUGUAAUAGUGUUUCAAGGCUUCUUAGAUCCGUAAAGUAAACCGAUGAUCACUUAUGGUAUUCACGAAACUAAAGUCCCUAAAUGAGCAAAAAGGAAACCUCAAUGCAAAAGACCUUCAGUAAAGAACCUUCCACUACAGAAUCUUCUAUGAACUUUUAUUCACUCUUUUUUCCAAAAUCUUAAACUAAUAUUAAAACUUGACAAAUUUCUUUAGUUUUUAGUGUUUAAAAAAGUAGAAGAAAAAGCCCUGCAGCUAAUCUACUAACCCCCCAAACAAAAUAGUAUGAGAAAUACGAAUAUAUUACGAUAUCUAGGUAGAUAUAUAUCCCAUAUAGUAUAUCCAAAUGUCGAGCUACUGUGCAAAAAAUGGAGGGGAAAAGGGAAAAACACAUUACGGAAACCGUUUUGAGUUGCAUAAUUCACGAGAUAAAAUAUAUUUAUGUGUGUCUAAAAAAUAUAAUAAACGAAAACUUACGAAUAUAUAUUCCAUAAAAAACUCAAACUUUACUCAAAUUCUUAACAAACAUAUUUCUUAGAAAAAAAAAACAUUACAGAAAAAACCCCGACAAUUUGUAACCAAAAUGAGAUUCGAACCGUAUUUUGAGAGCCAAUUUCUGUUCAACCAAAAACUGACCCAAAAACAUUUGGAAACUAACUUGAAGAAAAUUAUACAGAAAUUGGUUCUCAAAAAAAAACACACUCACACAAAACACUUUUCUUUCUAGUUCUAAGAAAAGUCUAUUAUUCCUUAAAAUUAUUUCAAAAAUGGAGCACGGAAUUGUUGAAAAGAAAACUAUAAAACAAUGGAAAACAGAAAAUUUGAGUAAAGUGAGGAUUAGAAAACGAAACCCAACGUUGAAAUGGAAAUGGAAGGAAAAUUUUAAUGGAGUUAUAAGUACCUUGAAUUAGCUGAUAGAUCAGAACCACUAAAGUUAUUUAUUCGAGAAAACUUUUUAUCAAAUAUAGUUGUCUAUUAAAUAAUAUUUAUAAAAAAUACUUAAUCAAAUAAAACACUUAAGCAAAUCAAGAGUAACUAUUACCAGAAGAAAGAACCGAUUAAAACUGAUCCAUUGAAAUAUAUAUACAUGAUAUAUAUGGUAUAUACGAAUGUUAAAGGCCCCAUGUAAAUAAAGAGAAGACAAACUACGAAAUUCCAUAAUCGAUGCAAAUGAUUUAAGAAUGGAAAACCGAAGGAAAAGCUGAAGGAAACCGAAGAAAACCACAAAAAAA